CACCCGAUCACUGUCCCGAAAAAGGCCAGCAAUUCCGGUUCCAUUUACUCAAAACAACCUAAAUAUGUGACCGCCAUUCCAUACAAGACCACUGGAUACGCUGCGGAUGUUCACGUGGGGUCCUCCGCAGAAGAGAUCGGUCCUCCGCCAAAGCGCUCCAAGUGGAAUCCGGUGCAGUACGACGCGGAAGUGGAUCCCUUUCAUCUAGUACCACCGCCAAAGGCCACUGCUGCCUCCACCAGCAACUCCUACAGUGUCUACGAACCGGAACAUGAUGAUUAUGAAGUAGUGCCAGUGCCGCGUCCAAAGAGCCAUGACCGCUACAAGAAUGUGGCUUCCAAAAAACAAAUUGAGGCCUAUUUGGAGGAUCAGCAAAAGCUCCUGGACGAGGCCAUCAAAGUGCAACUCCUGAAUAAUCCAAAGCUUCAGAAAUUCCUUAAGGCCCAGGCCGAGGAACAAGAGCACGCAUCUCGCCCGGAUCUAGAGAUCGAGGACUUUGAGGCCUAUCCGCCCAACUUUUCCGGACCCGGUCCCCUGCGCAGCAAAUACAUUGACCAUCCACCGCCACCUCCGCGGCCGGGAUCGGCCUACUUCUCAUUGAGCUCUUGA